AUGGAGAAAAACAUUUCUUGCAUUUUGCAGUAUGCAUUCCUAAUUACCAUAACCUUCCCAAUGAUUUCUUCUGAAGCCAAACAACCUAUGAGCCUCGCAACUGAUCAAACUGCCCUUCUUUCACUCAAACAUAGAUCUCUUUUACUUGCAACUAAUUGGACCAACUCGAGCUCCGUCUGCAGCUGGAUUGGCGUCACUUGCAGCUUGCGCCACCACAGAGUAGCUGCCUUGAAUCUCUCCAACAUGGCUCUCUCCGGCACCAUUCCACCACAGCUCGGACACCUCUCCUUCCUCGUCUCCCUCGACCUCUCCAACAACCUUUUCAAUGGAGAUUUGCCACAGGAACUGUCUCUCCUUCGCCGUUUGAAGUUCAUAUCUUUCCGACUCAACAACUUCACUGGAGACAUCCCUCCGAUGUUGGGUCAGUUACCAAAAUUAGAGCACUUGAAUUUACGCAACAACAACUUCAUAGGUUCCAUCCCAAAAUCGCUCUCAAACCUCACAAACCUACGAUUUCUUGACUUAACUUCCAAUUCUCUGAGUGGAGAAAUUCCAAAAGAGUUGGGAAGACUUCAAAGUCUACAAACUCUGUAUGUUCGUUCUAAUCAUCUCUCCAAUGUUAUACCAUCAGCCAUAUUCAACAUAUCGACCCUUGUAGUUAUAGCAUUGAGAGACAAUGAACUGAGCGGAAGUCUUCCAACAAACAUUUGCAGUAAUCUUCCAUUUCUUGCUGAGCUUGGUCUUUCUUUCAAUCAGCUGAGUGGUGUGAUUCCCACAAAUCUAUCCCAAUGUUCACGGCUUGAGGUGUUGAGCCUCUCUUACAACUCUUUUAGUGGGGAGAUACCUUCAGAAAUUGGCUACUUAACAUCUCUUCUGUAUUUAGCUCUUGGAGCUAACAAUUUGAAUGGAAUACUACCACAUGAGAUUGGCCAUCUUCAAAGUCUGGUUACUUUUGGUGCUGGACCGAAUGAGAUUGCGGGCUCAAUUGAUUUCAAUAUUUUCAUGAAUAUGUCUUCUCUGCAAACCUUAGUACUAGCGCGUAACAAAUUCACGGGAAACCUUUCGAGGGAUAUUGGGAAUAUUACCAUGCUAACAGAGUUACAACUCCAGGAAAACCAUUUUACAGGGCUUAUUCCCACUGAAUUUGGCCAACUUUACCAUUUGGAGAGAUUAUCAUUAUCAUGGAACACCUUGAGUGGUUCGAUUGUACAUGAGCUCUUUAACAUUUCAACUCUUCGGAUUCUUUCCCUUAUAGGCAAUGCUUUGUCAGGGGUUCUUCCAACCCAUUUAUGCCAUGGUUCUCCCUUCCUUGAAGGAUUGUUUCUUGGCGAUAAUUCCAUGAGUGGAGCAAUACCAACCUCUAUCUCUAACUGUUCUCAACUCAUAUAUCUCUCACUUGCUGGAAACAAAUUCAGUGGUUAUAUACCUACUCAUCUCGGCAACCUAAGACUUCUUCAAACUCUUCAACUGUUCAGCAACAAUCUUACCCAGCUUCUGUCGGGAACUUAUCUUCCUCACUUCGAACAUUCACUGCCGGCAAUUCCAAAUUCAGUGGAAACAUUCCCGUUCAAAAUAGGCAAUCUAAGCAAUUUGAUGGCAUUGUCUUUGAAAGCAAAUGAGUUAUCUGGUAAUAUUCUACUAACUAUAAGCCAUUUGCAUGAACUUCAAGGAUUAGAUCUGUCUAAUAACAUGUUGGGAGGCUCAAUACCACAUGCUAUAUGUGAUCUAUUCAACCUCAAUACUUUAGAUAUGAGCAAGAAUCAAUUUUCAGGCCCAAUUCCUAAAUGUCUGGGAAAUAUCUCUUCUUUAAGAAAACUUUAUCUAGACUCCAACAUUUUGAAUUCAAGCAUACUAUCAAGCUUAUGGGGCCUAAAAGAUUUGAUCAAUCUAGACUUGUCCUCAAAUUCAUUGAAUGGGUCACUACCUCUAGAGAUGAGUAACUUAGGAGCAACGAUCUAUAUAAAUCUAGCGAUGAAUCAGUUGUCAGGGUCAAUUCCGAGCAUUAUCGGAAAGUUGCAGAAUGUGGUUAAUCUGUCUUUGGCAAAUAAUAGACUAGAAGGUUCUAUUCCUGUGUCUAUGGGAAGCAUGAUCAGUUUGGCAAAUCUCGACUUGUCGUACAACAACCUCUCUGGUUCAAUUCCAAAAUCUUUAGAAGCACUUCAAGACCUCGACUACUUUAAUGUCUCUUUCAAUAGUUUAAGUGGAGAAAUUCCUAAUGGAGGUUCUUUUAGAAACUUCACUAUAGAUUCUUUUAAGGGUAAUGAGGCAUUGUGUGGAAUCCCCAAGUUCCAUGUCCAAAUUUGCUCUUCAAUUUAUAAUCACAGAUCAAAGAGAAAGAAGGUGGAACAAGCUCCAUUUAUUAUUUUCGGGGUUGUGGCUUUCAUCUCAGUUGUUUCUUUGGCCUUUAUAAUUGUCAGAUACAAAAGGAAAGAUAAGAGGACUAGUGAAGUUGAUGAGUUGGUAUUUAUUGUGCCGGAAAGAAUCUCUUAUUAUGAACUGCUACAAGCAACGGAAAGAUUCGAUGAAAGCAAUUUACUUGGCACUGGGAGUUCUUGCUAUGUUUAUAAAGGAAUUCUUAACAAUGGGAAGGAUAUCGUUGUCAAGGUGUUCAAUAUGCAGCUAGAAGGUAUUUCAAGAAUAUUCGAUGUCGAAUGUGAGAUACUACGUAGCAUUCGACACAGGAAUCUGACAAGUGUCAUAAGCAGUUGCUCCAAUGAAGAGUUCAAGGCAUUAGUACUUGAAUAUAUGCCAAAGGGAAACCUUGAAAAAUGGUUAUAUUCCCACAACUAUUGCUUGAAUAUGAUGGAAAGAUUGAAUAUAAUGAUUGAUGUUGCAUCUGCUUUGGAGUAUCUUCACCACGGUUAUUCAAUGCCCAUUGUCCACAGCGACUUGAAGCCUAGUAAUGUGCUGUUAGAUGAAGACAUGGUUGCCCAUGUAAGCGACUUUGGGAUAGCAAAGUUGUUAUGCGAUGGAGAUAGCUUUGCGUUAACCAACACGCUAGCAACAUUUGGUUACAUCGCUCCAGAGUAUGGCUUGGAAGGGCUAGUUUCAACAAAGUGUGAUGUGUAUAGCUACGGGGUGAUGUUGAUUGAAACUUUUACGAGAAAAAGGCCUAGUGAUGAUAUGUUUUGCGGAGAUAUGAGCUUAAAGAGAUGGGUAGAACUCUCACUUUCGGAGUUCCCAGAUGAAGUGAUAGAUACCAACUUAGUCAUGAAUUUGGAGGAAGAAAUGAUUGACAAGAAUAUGCAGUGUGUAUCAUCCAUACUUGAAUUGGCUCUGAAAUGCUCUGUGGACUCUCCUGGGGAUAGAAUCAACAUGAAACAAGCACAUGCAGAGUUGCAAAAAAUCAAACAUCGAUUUUCCCAAUGAGAUUGAAGGAACCAAGUUGCUGACAUUAUGGCAAAUCCAAAUACUCCGACUGGUUGGUGGAAUCAUGCUAUUCCCUUGAUUGAGGAAGUCGUUCAAAAGGAUAUUCAUAUCCCAAAUUUCUAUCGCAAAGUUAGCUAAUGAUGUCUUCUUCAUUUGGUGGCUUUGAUGAGGCAUGUAGUGUUGAAGAUUUUGAAGAGGCAGCAGAUGCUAAUUGGGGUGAGGCACUGGAUAGUGGUGAGGUGGAUGACAUUAUGAAUGGAAAAUUUGGCUUGGUCCUUUUGUUGGUUUUUGCUAUCAUUGUUAAUUCGUUUUUCUUGUUUAUGUUUUUUUCUCGUUAUAAUAGACGAGUACUCUUUUUCC